GUGCACUUCAUCAUCGUAGAUUGUGUGCGGAGAGACAGUUUUGUUUCUAUCGACAGCUGAUGUAGUUUUUUUUUCCUCUUUUCCCUUUCAUCUUCUUUGACUACGUCGGGGUCAGGUUGGCCAAUGACAACUCUCGCGGACAGAGUGAGAAGCGAGUUUUCGCUGUCACUCUCCGCCGACUACGCCGAGCGGUGUCUACAAGCAACGCCGAAUUUAACGUCUUCGGAGCUGUACCAAAAGGCACUGAAAGAAAAUCUGCGCGACAUUUGCGGCGCCAGCGUGCUGCCAUACGGAGUGGCAGCCCAAGUUGCCGCGACACUGCCGAACGCGGUGGUGCUGCAAAUUAAUAACUCACGCGACGCAACGCAGCCGCUGCGACCGUGUGCGGACAUCACGGAUGAAGAGGCCAUCCUGAACGCAGCGAUGCAGCGCAACUCUGAUAAGCGCCUGCUGCGGCUGUUGUUGACCGAUGGUAACGUGGAGAUUCCGGCGCUUGAGCUGUCUACGCUGCGAGCCUUCAGGGGCAUUCCCGUACCAGGUGAAAAGCUGUUGGUUCACAAAGACGCUGAGGUGCGCAACGGCUGCAUCAUUCUGACAGAGGAUAACAUAACAUUGCUCGGCGGGGAGGUGCAGCAGCUGAAGCAAGAUUUUUUAGCGCACCGUCGCCGACUCGAGGCUGGCUAUCAGACAAGCAACGGCCUCGACGGCGCACCGCGCUUCGAGCCCCUGCAGGUUGGUCAGCAUUAUCGUGGCAUUCAAGGUCCGGGAGGGUUGCCGAACGCGGCGGAGCGGCAAGGCGGUGCUCCUCCUCAGUGGUCGACUAACGCUGUGCGAGGCCGCGGUGGCGGCUUCAACAACAACUACAGUUACCGUGGUAGUGGUGGCGGGCGUGGCGGCGGACAUGGGCGUGGCAACGGCGGUGAGCGUGGACGUGGCGGCGGUGGCGGCUACCGCGGGGGUGGCGGCCGAGGUCACGGCGGUGACGACGGUCGCGGUCGCGGAAGAGGCGGUGGUGGGUACCGCGGGCGGGGCAGUUCAGAGUCUUACCACUUCGACGUGACAAGCGGGCCGCCCCCGGAAGAGAAGUUCCCAGCAAUAAACGAAGUGAAUUUCCCCCGGCUGAGUUGA